UAAACAUUUACAGAACCUGAAUAAAACACGAUUCUUCUGAGGAACUUGAUAUUUGGUCCCAUUGCUGCCCGCUGAUUGGCUGCCCGGCUGGGUCAGCAGGUGUCAAGGUGUUCCUCCAAUGCUUUCUGCCAUUUUUUGCCUCCGUCCUACUCCGCCCUCCGGAGGAUUGCUGCGGCAGGAUGAUGAAACAAACGCACCUCGGAGCUCCGACCUGCAGACGGAAGCCGAUCCGCCCGUAAAGGACUUUCAUCCGCAGCCCUCCGUCCUCAGGUCCUCUGGGGUCCAGGUGACGAGAAUUCCCGACAUCCGUCUCCAGACAUAUUACAUCUUCAUCCCGGGAGGCUGUGAAAGGACGCCCCCCUGCGGUCCCAGCAGUCCUCUUUGCUACCUGCAGGAGCGGCUGGUUUCUGAUCCUCCAGCUGUGGCUCUGCUCCACAUUGCCGGCCUCUGUCUCCGCUCCGGGUCCCGGUGAACCGCAGCUCGGACAUCGGGAGGCGCCGCAACUUCUCCGCCGCUGAGGUGAGCUCUCUGCCGGCCUCGUCGUCCUCCUCCUCCGCGGAUCCUCCGAGCACAAUGCGCUGAUCUGCGCUCCGUGGAAGGAUGAUUUCUGUGGUGUCCACGGCGGAGAGCGCUCCCACAGGAACCGGCACCCCGGAGCCGAGUCUCUACCGCCGGAUCAGGAGGCUGUUCACCCGGGACCUGCUGGUGUCCCUGGCCCUGGGACAGGUCCUGUCCCUGCUGAUCUGUGCCAUCGGUCUGAGCAGUAAGUUCCUGGCUGAGGACUUCCACGCCAACACUCCGGUGUUCCAGAGCUUCCUGAACUACAUCCUGCUGUUCCUGGUCUACACCACCACGCUGGCUGUCAGGCAAGGUGAAGGGAACCUAUUGGCCAUUCUGAAGCAGCGCUGGUGGAAAUACAUGAUUCUGGGUUUGGUGGACAUCGAGGCAAACUAUCUGGUCCUGACGGCAUAUCAGUACACAACCCUGUCCAGUGUGCAGCUGUUGGACUGUUUCGUCAUCCCGGUCGUCCUGCUGCUGUCCUGGUUCUUUCUCCUGGUGAGGUACAAGGCUGUCCACUUUGUUGGGGCAGGACUGUGCCUGUUGGGAAUCAGCUGCAUGGUGGGAGCUGAUGUCCUUCUGGGUCGGCAGCAAGGUCUUGGAGAACAGAAGCUGUUUGGUGAUCUUCUGGUUCUGGGAGGAGCGACACUGUACGGGAUCUCCAACGUCUGCGAGGAGUUCAUUGUGAAGAACUUGAGCCGUGUGGAAUUCCUCGGCAUGAUGGGACUUUUCGGAUCUUUCUUCAGUGGGAUCCAGCUAGCCAUCAUGGAACACAAGGAGCUGCUGAAGGUACCCUGGGACUGGCAGAUAGGUCUUCUCUACGUUGGUUUCAGUGCCUUCAUGUUCGGCCUGUACAGCUUCAUGCCGGUGGUGAUGAAAAGGACGAGCGCUGCCUCGGUCAACCUCUCUCUGCUCACCGCUGACCUCUACAGCCUCUUCUGUGGCCUCUUUCUGUUUCACUACAAGUUCUCGGGCCUCUAUCUGCUGUCAUUCUUCGUCAUCAUCCUGGGCCUGGUCCUGUACUCCUCCUCGUCCACCUACGUGGCCCAGGACCCGCGGGUUUACAAGCAGUUCAGGAACAGUCGACCAGCUGGCGACCCGAGCCCGCUGAGUCCUGCAAUCCUGGAGCCCUCGGUGACCUACACCAGCCUGAGCCCAGAGUCCGGCGACGAGCUUCCGGUCCAAGUAGCGUGAACCGAUCUGGGAGUUCAUCUCUCAGCCUGGUGGACCAUCGGUCGGCCUCCAGGUUCACAAUUUGAUUGAGAGGAAUAGUGCUGGAGAGACCCAGUCUGCUGAGGGCAGCUGGGAAGUCACCAGUAGGUCCAGGUCUUCAUUUCAUGGCUCGUAUUGAGGGACAUCUUCAUCUCCCACUGACCCAGUUCCAUCAUGUCUGUACCCGAUAAAUGACUGAACAGAAUGUAACUAAAACACAUAGCAGUUUGAGUUCAUUGUGAUCAGAGAUUGUGAGUAGGAAGUAGUGACUUUAAAUGAUCAAUCAUGUAAAUAGAUCGUAUUGUAAUUUCAUUUAAUCUCCUUUUUAUAUCUGUUAGUAAUAUCUCUGCUUAAAACCUGUGUAAAUGCUGAAGGUUCACUUCAUCACUGUAUUCAUUUUCUUUCCUAACAUCUGAUGGAAAUCCAGAGUUUUUAAAUGCGUCUGUAUAAAUUCAGUGGAAGCAUCUGUCAUAAAUGACUCUCAGACUGA